CUCCCCCAGACACGCAAGUAAAACGGAAACAUCCGAACAGUGUAUUCAUUGUUACAUGCGUUUAAAUAGCCUACUAACGACGUCUUUUAUUAUCUUUACAACUCAUUCAUCAUUGACUGUAACUCAAGAUGUUUGGCUUCCACAAGCCCAAGAUGUACCGGAGCCUAGACGGUUGCUGUAUCUGUCGGGCCAAGUCCUCCAGCUCCCGCUUCACCGACAGCAAGCGCUAUGAGAGGGACUUUCACAGCUGCUUUGGGCUGAGUGAGGUGCGUUUUGGGGAGAUCUGUAAUGCCUGUGUUCUCCUGGUGAAAAGGUGGAAGAAACUCCCAGCUGGCUCCAUAAAGAACUGGAAUCAUGUUGUUGAUGCUAAAGGUUCCGGGUCGAGCUGGAAGAUGACAGUGAGGUCCAAGAAGAUGAAGAGGCGAGCCAGGCCAAGUCGGAUCAGCCGAGUGCAGAAGGAGCUCAAGAGACGCAGUAAGCAGAUGAUACUCUGUGCUCGGCUAUGCUGCCUUGUGCAGUGUAAACUUUGGGGUUUCAAAAACUCUGACGCCCACAGCACCACCUCCAGUGCCUCCCCUGCCCAUUCUCCCAGCUACAGCAACCAAUCAGACGAGGGCUCGGACAUGGAACUCUCACCUGGUGCCACCCACUCGCCAGUCUUCUCUUUCCUGGACCUCACCUACUGGAAAAGGCAGAAGGUGUGCUGUGGCAUCAUCUACAAGGGACGCUUCGGAGAGGUACUCUUAGACCCCCACCUCUAUAAGCCCUGCUGCCAGAAGAAACAACAGCAUGAGCCAGAGGAGGAAGCACAGGCGAACAGAGCGAACGUGAUGAGCCCUACGCCACCGAACAUCCCACUCACUCCCCCAGGUCAAAGAUGAGGGGCGGAGGAACAGUGGGGAUUUGAUGUCAUAAUGUCUCAGAGAAAUCACAUGACACUCUACAGAAGUCAGGUGGAGACCGUUGGGAUUUUAUGACGUUCUGGAGCGCUCUCAAGACAGUCUUCUGGGAUUGCUUUCUAUUCAAGGGCAGCUGGACUACUUCUAAAAUGUUGCGUUCUGUACCAGGAGGGCAAGGUUUGUUAUUUUAUAUCUGUUAACAAUGGACUCUUGCCCCCCCCCCCUUUUCUCUCUGAGUGUUAUGAGAUUGUGAAUAUUCACAAUUUGUUUUCAAUAUAAAAUGCUGGAUCCGCUAAAGCUGUAUGAGAAAUGGAGACCUCUGCAACUGUACCUUUUUGUAGUAGGAUAGAGCCAUAUCCAUUAGGAUAGAGAACAGCCUUCCACACUCUGCCUUCUCCUGUCCUGUACCCCAUACAUACACUGGGUCUGGUCACUUUCUGAAAGGAUUUAUUCUCUUAUUUCACUUGUCCUUCCCUUAAUCAACAUGGUCAUUGAUCGGACUCCUAAUAAAGGGAAAAGCUGUAGAAAUUUGGCAAAAUCAAUUUGUCAGAGGUGUGGGAAGCAAUUCAGCUAUUUUUUAAUCUUACCAGAGCCUUAUUCUUCGAGGUUUCUUUGUUAAAGGGACACGUCUACACAACCAAUGUCAUAUCCAGUCUUGAUUGUGCACCAGGUGUACGCUCUGAUAUAUUGAUACUAUAUUCUUUCCAGUGCACAUUUUUAACAUUUGAUAUUGUU